UUGCAGAUGUCCUUGGGUUACAUGCGUGGAGCUACCAUCGACUAUGUGGAAGAUUUGAUGAAGGCCUCAUUCCGAAUUGUGAAUAACCCCGUGGCUGAGAAAGGUUGUUCCUGUGGUUCAAGUUUUGCUUUAAAGAUGGAUUGA